AUGUUUCAGGCUUUACAAGGUUGUAUUAGUCGAUAUAACUUGCCUGGCCGAAAUGCGAUUGGCCGGAAGUCGAAAAAGCUAAAGCCUCACAUUUUCAUCAGUAGAGUGUCAAAAAUGCAUCAUUUCAGCUUGAAUGGAUUUGUCAGAAUAACGAAUGACUUUGGCUCCAAAGAUUUCGGUACAGCUCUGAAGACAAGCCACAAUGAUCCUCCGUCUCUCGAGCAUAUAUCUGAGGAGAAGGAACUGGCCGCCGUAAGCUUGCGGCGUCAGAUAUUAUUUUGUGUCAGGCGGAUAAGAGCGGCAUUUUCUUUUGGUCCCGAGGGAUUGAUCCCGUGA